UCACAUUUAUUAAAGCCUAUAAAUUUUAAUAACACGCACAAAGAGCAAUCAAUCUCAUUCCUAAAAUCAUCAACAAAGUUUAGACUUUGAAAUCAUCAACAAGGGUGAUCAUCAUCUUCUUUUGAUGCAUACAAAUUCAGUUUGAGUGAUGUGGUAAAUCUUAAUGGCAAAGAGGAAGAGCUUGUUUGGAUGGGUGAAAAGCCUAUUCCUUUCUGAGUCAAAGGACAAAAACCAGAAGAAAUGGGGAUGGAGAUUAGGAAGGAUUAAACAGAAGCAGUACCCUACAAUAACAGCUUCGAAAAGGACAUUGAUUGAAGCAAAUGCAGAACAAAGAAAGCAUGCUUUAGCAGUGGCUAUUGCAACAGCAUCUGCUGCAGAGGCUGCAAUCGCUGCUGCACAUGCUGCUGCUGAGGUUGUCAAGCUCACAAGCGGUGCCUCUCGUUCGUAUGCAUAUCUCUCGAACGGAAACAGAAGUUUGGCUGCCAUCAAGAUUCAAAGCGUUUAUCGUGCACAUCUCGCUAGGAAAGCGUUAAGAGCGUUGAAGGGAGUUAUAAGACUACAGGCCAUAAUUCGCGGUGAAGCUGUUAGGCGUCAAGUGUCCCGAUCUUUGAUGAAUGUUCCCUCAAAUGCGAAAAUUCAGAAGGAAAAUCAGGGCAGAAACAGCCAUACUGAAGAAGAAAACUGCAAAAAUGGUCAGAUAAAACAGUUUCCAAAGGAAAAGAAAAAGUUAGAAGAGAAUGACCUUAAGGCUGAAUGCUAUAGUCAAAGAACAUGGAAUUGUAGCUCACACUCAAGAGAAGACAUUGAAGCUAUAUGGUUAAGAAAGCAAGAGGCUAUUGUCAAAAGAGACCGCAUGAGACAAUACUCAUCUUCACAAAAGGAGAGAACAUUUUCUCAAAGGGUGGAAGAAAUCGGAGGAGAUAGCUGUCGUACUUUAGGAGAAUGGUUACAUAAAGAAAUAACUGAUUGGGAUGUUCUUUAUAAACCUGUUCGAAAAAAUCAAUUUCAAUCGAAUGGAUCGAGGCUAAAUCGUGAACGGAAUCACUUUCCUUAAAAGUAUUUCAAGCACACUCUCGAUUGUCUUAGAGUAGGAACGGCCUGAAUACCCAGGAUAAUUCAGCCUUACUCGAGUCUGCACAAGACCGGUGAAGAAACUCGAAUGCAAGGAAGCUGUCUGGAAAAUAUAUUAGAGGAUAAUGUUUUUGUGUAUUUCAUUUUGGAUUCAUAAAUGUGUAUUUAUAGGCCAUGCAUGUGUUGUUUCAUAAGUUUGCAACUCUUGAUGAAACAACACCUUUUCACCAUAUAUUGCAAUGGUUCAUCUAUAAUGACACAAGGCACCCCUUCAUGAAAUGUUGUAAAUUUGAAUUCAAAAAACAAAU